AUGUUUAUUCAGACUGUGUCCUGUACUUUAGAGAACUUAAUACUGGUCAAUGAAGCACCAUUCAUACACAUAGCCCGACCAGCAAGAAAGCCACAGAAGAUUCUACUUUGUGGAUGGAGGCGGGACAUUGAUGAUAUGGUUGUGGCCUGGAGAGGAAAUCUACCCAAAGACUUCAUUAUUCCAAAGUCUGCUGAAAAAAUACUUUUUUGUGGUUGGCGUCGAGAUAUGGAAGAUAUGGUUAUGGUGUUGGAUGCCUUUUUAGCUCCUGGUUCAGAGUUGUGGAUGUUCAACGACGUUCCUGAAAAGGAGAGGGAAAAGAAGCUUAUUGAUGGUGGUCUUGACAUCCACCGGCUGAUGAAUAUAUCACUUGUUAAUCGUGAAGGAAAUGCUGUUAUACGGCGUCAUCUGGAAAGCCUUCCUUUAGAAUCUUUCAAUUCAAUCUUAAUUUUGGCUGAUGAAUCAGUAGAAGAUUCUGCUAUUCAGGCUGAUUCCAGAUCUCUUGCCACAUUGCUGCUGAUUCGUGAUAUUCAGGCCAAGCGUCUCCCAUACCGAGAGUCCUUGGUUUCCCAAAUUCAUAGAGGUAGCUUCUCACAAGGCUCUUGGAUUGGGGAAAUGCAGCAGGCUUCAGAUAAAUCGGUGAUAAUUAGUGAAAUUCUCGACCCAAGGACUAAAAAUCUAUUGUCCAUGUCAAAGAUCAGUGAUUAUGUUCUAUCUAAUGAACUUGUCAGUAUGGCAUUGGCCAUGGUUGCAGAGGAUCGCCAAAUCAAUGAUGUAUUGGAAGAGCUUUUUGCAGAAGAGGGAAAUGAGAUGCAUAUAAGGCAAGCAGAUCUCUACCUUCGUGAAACUGAGGAACUGAGUUUCUUUGAAGUACUCUUGCGUGCCCGACAAAGGAGAGAGGUUGUGAUUGGUUACCGUUUGGCUAAUGCAGAGAAAGCUGUCAUCAAUCCCCCGGCCAAAAGUGAGAAAAGGAGGUGGUCAUUGGAGGAUGUUUUUUGUGGUAAUAGCUGA